UACUGUUGAGUACCUGAUCACUGGGGCUCAGGGAAGCUGGACAGUCACAUUAGGACGCAGGGAUUGAGGAAGAAGCAAGCUGCCUUUCUGUUGGGAUCAAAGCCGACCCUUCCUGGCGAGAGGGGCUUUUCCACAUCCCCACCGACCUGACCGCAGGCUGUGCAAUAUCCAAUCUAGACUUUUCUUUUCUUUUCUUUUCUUUAUUGCACUACAUGUUUGGGAAACAAGACAAAAUGGACGUUAGAUGCAAUUCAGAGGCUGAAGCGAACCGGGUCUCGAAGAACGGACAUAAAGAGGGCAAGGAAAGCAAAGGGUCUGAAGGAAAUAUUUCUACUUCUUUUUUGAAGGAUCAACAAGGGACUUAUUCUGCCUCGGCCGUUUCGGAAGAUUGUAAUAAAAGUAAAUCUAGUUCUGCAGACCCGGACUAUUGCAGGAGGAUCCUAGUUAGAGAUGCCAAAGGUUCAAUAAGAGAGAUUAUUCUGCCUAAAGGACUUGAUCUGGACCGCCCCAAACGGACCCGAACGUCUUUCACCGCGGAGCAGCUGUACCGGCUGGAGAUGGAGUUCCAGAGGUGCCAAUACGUGGUGGGACGGGAAAGGACCGAACUGGCCCGGCAGCUCAAUCUUUCGGAAACUCAGGUAAAGGUCUGGUUCCAGAACAGGCGCACGAAACAGAAAAAGGACCAAGGCAAAGACUCGGAGCUGAGGUCCGUGGUGUCGGAGACCGCCGCCACCUGCAGCGUCCUCCGGCUCCUGGAGCAAGGCCGGCUGCUCUCCCCGCCGGGACUGCCCGGCCUCCUGCCCCCCUGCGCCACCAGCGCCUUGGGCUCCGCGCUGCGGGCCCCCAGCCUCACCAUCGGCACCACGGGCACCACCAGCUCAGGGACCGCGGGCGGCUCCCCGCACCCGCCAGCGGUGAGCAGCGCGGCUGGGCCCCCUCAGGCUGCGGGACUCCACGCCUCGCCCAGCGCCGGCCAUAACCUCUUCAGCCUGCCCGUGCCCACCCUCCUGGGCUCGGUGGCUGGCCGCCUGUCCUCUAAUCCCUUGACAAUGGCCGGAUCUCUGGCAGGAAACCUGCAGGAACUGUCAGCCAGGUACCUGAGCUCCUCUGCCUUCGAGCCCUACUCCAGGACCAACAAUAAAGAAGGCGCUGAGAAAAAAGCCCUGGACUGA